AUGGGCGCCAAUGAAUCAGCACCUGCCGAAGAUAUUCUGACCCAAGACGCCCACCACUGGUAUACCAAAUUUAUGAAAGAGUGUCCAUCGGGGCAACUGAGCCUGCAUGAAUUCAAGGCGCUUCUGGGUCUCACUGGUUUGAGUCCACAGGCAAAUCAUUAUGUCGAUCAAGUGUUCAACACAUUUGACUUAAACAAGGAUGGGUUUAUCGACUUCUUGGAAUUUAUAGCUGCAAUAAAUCUGGUUAUACGAGGAAAAAUUGACCAAAAAUUGAAAUGGUAUUUUAAACUCUAUGACGCUGAUGGGAAUGGAACUAUUGACAAAAGAGAACUCUUAAGCAUAUUCACGGCCAUUCAAGCUAUCAAUGGCAACCAAGAAUUGACUCCAGAAGAAUUCACAAACAUGGUAUUCCAGAAGAUAGACGUUAACAACGACGGGGAAUUGAGUUUAGAAGAGUUCAUCAGCGGAGUGGAAAGCGAUGAAAAUCUCCUGGAAAUGAUUUCAAAGAGCUUUGACCUUUCCAAUGUACUGAAAAUUAUACAAAGUGGGCGAAGACACAGCGUCUGA